UAUUAGAAAAUGUUCUUCGUCUCUAAAAUCUGAACGCACCACACCUCCUCCUAAUCAUUCUAUCAAGCUACUCAGUUGAAGGAGGAGCAUUUAUUUUGAGGGUAAUGAAAUGGCAAAUUUCCCGAUGCUGUCCUUUUUCUGGGUCAAAUGAUGCAACCUGUCCAAAUUUACAGAAGAGUGAUACAGAUGAAACCUGGUUUUUGCAGAGUAUCUCGGCUUCAAACCUUGCCCAGAAAAAUCCACUCAGUAGCUUUUAAAUCUAACCACUUUUUAGCACAUGAAUAUAUUCUCGAACCAGAACACCCCCAUUUCUCUCGAAAUGCACUUCAAGUGUUCGAUACAAUUCCUGACCUGGAUGUUGUAUCAGCAACAACCAUGAUUGGUCAGUUUGCUAGGCUGCAUCAAUACAGAGAAGCAAUACAACUCUUCUCUAGAAUGCCUUUUUUUAAUGUUACGCCCAAUGAGUUUACAUUUGGCACUGUUAUUCACUCCUCAACCUCACUUGGGAACCUUAACUUAGGGAGGCAAUUCCAAGCUUAUGCAAUGAAGAUGGGCCUUAAUUACAUGGUCUUUGUGGGCAGUGCAGUCUUAGAUUCUUAUGCCAAGUUGGGUUCUAUUCAAGAAGCUCAAAGAGCUUUUGAGGACAUACAACAUCCUAAUAUUGUUUCUUACACUGCAUUGAUACAUGGGUACCUCAAGAAAGGGAGGUUUGAAGAGGCAUUCGAGCUUUUUAAACAGAUGCCGGAGAGAAAUAUUGUGUCGUGGAAUGCGAUGAUUGGUGGGUUUAGUCAGAUGGGACAGAAUGAAGAGGCUGUCAAUCUUUUUGUUGAGAUGAUUAGAGAAGGCUUGGUGCCUUGUCAAUAUACAUUUCCUUGUGCUAUUAUGGCUGGUGCCAAAAUAGCAGCACUUGAAAUGGGCAGAAGUUUUCAUGCUUGUGCUAUUAAGACAAUGGGAGAGUUUAGUGUGUUCGUUGGCAAUUCUCUAAUUAGCUUUUAUGCAAAAUGUGGAAGCAUGGAAGAUAGUCUCCGUCUUUUUUAUGAACUUCCUGAAAAAACUAUCGUCUCUUGGAAUGCUGUGAUUUGUGGCUUUGCACAGAAUGGGAGAGGAGAGAAUGCUGUGGACUUCUAUGAAAGAAUGAGGAACACCGGUCUGAGACCUGAUAGUGUUACGCUGCUUGGCCUGUUAUGGGCUUGUAAUCAUGCUGGUCUUGUCGACAAGGGGUAUUCGUAUUUCAAUCGUGCAAGGCUGGAGUACCCCAGUUUGUUAAAGCCUAAACAUUAUGCUUGUAUGGUUGAUCUAUUGUCUCGCUGUGGAUGUUUCAAAGAAGCUCAGGAGUUUCUUCGUGACUUGCCUUUUAAUCCGGGAAUUGGUUUUUGGAAGGCACUGCUUGGAGGCUGCAAGAUACAUUCAAAUACGGAACUGGGGGCAUUAGCCGGGAGAAAUAUCCUAGAUUUGGAUCCCAAAGAUGCAUCAUCAUAUAUCAUGCUGUCAAAUGCACACUCUGCUGCUGGUAGAUGGCAGGAUGCAUCGGUAAUUAGGCAAGAGAUGCAUGAGAGGGGAUUGAAGAGAAUUCCAGCCUCCAGUUGGAUCGAAAUCAAAACCAAAGUUCAUGUCUUUGUCCACUGUGACACGAGUCAUCACCGAAAGGAUGAUAUUUAUAGUGUCUUGAACUUCAUAUAUUGGGAAAUGGACACAGAUGGAGACUUUCGGUUUUUUACCAGAGUAAUAAAAUGACUCCUGUGGUUGAUUAUUGUGAGAAAGCGAGGAGAUCAAACUGAAUGAGCUUUGCAAGGAAAGAAGUCGGUGCUCAGAACCGAGACACGGAUUAUGCACUAUCUUUGUUGAUGGAGAGUAACCUAACCCAUUAUUAUUUUGUUGGGAAAUUGAACUUUAUCUUCUGUUAUUAAAUUAAAUUUAUUUGAAUUUAUUUAUUCAUUUGAUGUUAUUAAGUUGGAUCA